GAAGAUCCUGCAGCAUGACUCCGUUCCACAUGUACUUAGAGCUAAUGUCGAACUUCUGCCCGUCCACUGUUAGCGCGACGCCACCGGCGAUCUGUAGCUUAAGCCCGGUCGCUGUGAUGAUGAUGUCCGCGUCGAGCGUCUCGCUCGAGUUGAGGGUGAUACCCUUCUUAGUGACGGUUUUGAUGGUGUCAGUGCAGAUGUUAGCCUUGUCGUUGCGUAGGCUGUCGAAGAAGUCGCCAUUCGGGCAGACACAUAGUCGCUGGUCCCAAGGGUCGUAGCGGGGCUUGAAGUGCGGGUCGUAGGCGACGCGGCUGGGGAGAUGCCAUUUCACGCCCAACUUUAGGUACCAGGCUGAGAG